AGAGAGAGAGUGAGAUCUUAACCGAGCCGCCUAUGAUAAGAUUGGAUCCCACUCCGCAGUAGAAUUUCUUCACUGUCCCACCGAUUUGUAUGCGUAUAUAUAUAACACCCCUUUCCACUUCGUUGCAAUCUCUUUCAUCUCUACUUUCUAGCUGGAUUUUUUCUUGCUCCAAUUUCUGUAAUGUGAUCCUGUGAAAUCAAGGUAUGAAGAAGGGUUUUGGGAAGCGACAAAUGAACAUUGGGUUGUGAGAAAUUCAUGAAAACUUGCCCCAGAAUUUAGCUGAAAGUGAGGGCUCUCUUGUUUCUACCAAAGUUUGCAUCUUUCUAGGUGGUAAGUAAGAUGUCGAGGCCGCUUCACCGGGGUGUUUUGAGUGGCGGUGGGCGAUUCUCAGGGAAUAGUAAUGAUUAUUGGGAUGAUUCUCAGAAGAAAGACAAGUUGGAGAAGGAAGAUUUGAAUCGGAAUCAGCCGAAUGGAGCUGAUGCCACACAUUUAUCUUUGAAGAACCCUUUUCGGUUUCUUUUCACAAAGUCGCCUCACAGUUUGGGUGACCACGGUUUUGUAUCAGACCCCUUCAGUCCGGGGGUGGUUAGGAGUUCGCAGAAAGUGAUACUCUCCCUUCUCAAAUUCAGUUUAGUAGUCAUUGUGAUUCUUGCUCUUACCGGUUCAUACUGGUGGUCGCUCUCUAUAGCCUCAACGUCGAGAGGGCAAGUGUUCCAUGGAUAUAGGCGACUUCAGGAGCAGCUUGUCUCUGAUAUGUAUGAAAUUGGGGAGAUUUCUCUUAGUUCAUCAAGGUUUAGGGAGUUAGAGUACUGUUCUCAGGAGUCGGAGAAUUAUGUUCCGUGCUUCAAUGUUUUGGAGAAUCUUGCUUUGGGAUUUUCUGGUGGCGAAGAAUAUGACCGCCAUUGUGUGCAUGGGUCGAAGCAGAACUGCUUGGUUCUUCCACCUGUGAACUAUAGGAUUCCUUUAAGGUGGCCUGCUGGAAAAGAUAUAAUCUGGUUCGCGAAUGUUAAUAUUACAGCGCAGGAGGUCCUGUCUUCUGGUAGUUUGACUAAGAGGAUGAUGAUGUUGGACGAAGACCAGAUUUCAUUUCGUUCGGUGUCUUCCACCUUUGAUGUUGAAGAUUAUUCUCAUCAAAUUGCAGAAAUUAUUGGGCUGAGAAACGAGUCCUCGUUUAUACAAGCCGGAGUUAGAACCAUCCUGGACAUAGAAUGUGGUUAUGGUAGUCUUGGGGCACGUUUAUCUUCAUACCAACUACUAACCAUGUGUUUAGCAAACUAUGAGGCGUCAGGCAGUCAAGUCCAGCUAACCCUGGAAAGGGGUCUCCCGGCAAUGAUUGGUUCAUUUACAUCGAAGCAGCUCCCAUAUCCGGCUAUAUCGUUUGACAUGAUUCAUUGUGCUAGAUGUCGAGUUGAUUGGGACACAAAAGAUGGCGUAUAUUUGCUUGAAGUUGAUCGGUUGUUGCGACCCGGUGGAUAUUUUGUGUGGACUGAUCCCAUAAUAAACUCUCAGCGUUCCUUGCGCAACAAAGCCAGCCUGAAAAAAUGGGAUACGGUGCGUUUGGCAGCAGAAAAUCUCUGCUGGGAUAUGCUCCCACAGCAAGACGAAACUGUCGUGUGGAAGAAGACUAGUAAGAAGAUUUGUUAUUCCAAAAGGAAAAGUGGUUCAUUUUCUCUCUGUAGCAAGGGCCAUGAUAUCGAGACCCCAUAUUAUCGACCGCUCCCAUCAUGCAUUGGAGGGACUCAAAACCGCCGCUGGCUUCCUAUUGAAGAAAGGAGAAAAUGGCCUUCACAGGCAGCAUUGACCUCAGCUGAACUCGGACGUUAUGGCUAUACCACGGAAGAGUUUGCAGAGGAUUCUGUAAAUUGGAAAUCCACUGUCCAAGAUUUUUGGUCUCUCCUUUCACCGCUCAUAUUCUCAGACCAUCCAAAGAGGCCUGGCGACGAAGAUCCUUCUCCGCCUUAUAACAUGCUGAGAAAUGUGCUGGACAUGAAUGCUCAUUUGGGAGGUUUCAACGCUGCCUUAUUAGAGACUAAGAAAUCGGUCUGGGUUAUGAACGUUGUCCCUACAAGUGGUCGUAACAGCCUCCCUUUAAUUGUUGACCGGGGCUUUACCGGCUUGCUGCAUAACUGGUGUGAACCGUUUCCAUCGUAUCCAAGGACGUAUGAUCUAGUUCACGCGGAAGGACUUCUCUCUCUUGAAUUUUCCGAGCAACCAAAAUGCCAAAUGAUCGAUAUAUUUUCUGAGAUAGAUCGUUUACUUCGUCCAGAGGGAUGGUUGAUUCUGAGGGACUCCACUCCUCUCAUUGAGUUUGCAAGAUCUCUGACAACGCAUCUGAAAUGGGAUGCACGAGUCGUGGAGAUCGAGAGCAACAGCAACGAGAGGCUCCUAAUCUGCCAGAAGCCGUUCCUCAAGAGACAAGCGAGCUGAUUUUCUGGGGAAUAAGCGGGUAUUCUACAUAUGAUAGACGAUUAUAUUCACAUUCAUUUCUUUACUGCAUCUACCUUCCUUCUUCAAGAUUCCAUUGAAAUGGUGAAAAGAAAGUUUACAAUUGAAGAGAAGGGGUCGAUAUCACGGUGCAGAAACUGCAAGAUCGCGUUAUUUUUGACAGCUCUUAUGGAGCCGCAAGGCGUCUGUAAGACCGUGUAACUAGAGAUCGAAAACGAAGGGCAAUGUGGGAGAGAUAGAGAAAUUGUUACUCUUUUGAUGCCUCUGUUUAGGGACAAUUUCAUACAUAUAUAUACUCAAAACUGUGAUGGAUGAAACAUACAAUAAGCAAAAAUUGGUUUACUUGUGUAUACAUAUUCUUUUUAACUUCUCUA